UGCGGGCCGGCGAGAGUGGGGCGCCGGCCAGAAGUGCCGCGCGGUCGGCACAAAGCUCGCCGGGAAAUGUAGUCCUUCGGGGGAGGCCCGGGGCGGUGGCCGCACGUCCCGCGGACCCGGUGGCCGAUCGGGCGUGGACCCGGGAUGGCGGGGCCGGGCGGCUCGGGGGGUCCGAUCGGGGCCGGGGCCCUGGCAGGCGGCGCGCGGUCCAAGGUAGCCCCGAGCGUGGACUUUGACCACAGCUGCUCGGACAGUGUCGAGUACCUGACGCUCAACUUUGGGCCCUUCGAGACAGUGCAUCGCUGGCGGCGCCUCCCGCCCUGCGACGAGUUCGUGGGGGCCCGGCGCAGCAAGCACACAGUGGUGGCCUAUAAAGAUGCCAUCUAUGUGUUUGGUGGAGACAAUGGGAAGACGAUGCUCAACGACCUCCUGCGGUUUGACGUGAAGGACUGCUCCUGGUGCAGGGCCUUCACCACUGGGACCCCGCCAGCCCCCCGCUACCACCACUCGGCUGUCGUCUACGGGAGCAGCAUGUUCGUCUUUGGGGGCUACACGGGGGACAUUUAUUCCAAUUCUAAUUUGAAGAAUAAAAAUGACCUCUUUGAAUACAAGUUUGCAACUGGGCAGUGGACGGAGUGGAAAAUUGAAGGCCGGUUGCCAGUUGCUAGGUCAGCCCACGGUGCCACAGUGUACAGUGACAAGCUGUGGAUCUUUGCUGGCUACGAUGGCAAUGCCAGGUUGAACGACAUGUGGACCAUUGGCCUCCAGGACCGGGAGCUCACAUGCUGGGAGGAGGUGGCCCAGAGCGGCGAGAUCCCGCCUUCCUGCUGCAACUUCCCCGUGGCCGUGUGCCGGGACAAGAUGUUUGUGUUCUCAGGGCAGAGCGGAGCCAAGAUAACCAACAACCUCUUCCAGUUUGAAUUCAAGGACAAGACGUGGACACGCAUCCCCACUGAGCACCUGCUCCGGGGCUCCCCGCCACCUCCGCAGCGGCGCUACGGGCACACCAUGGUGGCCUUUGACCGCCACCUCUAUGUGUUUGGGGGUGCAGCUGACAACACGCUGCCCAAUGAGCUGCACUGCUAUGACGUGGACUUCCAGACCUGGGAGGUCGUCCAGCCCAGCUCGGACAGCGAGGUGAGCGGGGCUGAGGUGCCAGAGCGAGCGUCUGCUUCCGAGGAGGCAUCCGCCCUGGCCUCUGAGGAGCGGGGCGGCUUCAAGAAGUCCCGAGAUGUGUUCGGCUUGGACUUUGGCACCACCACAGCCAAGCAGCCCGCCCCGCCAGCCUCAGAGCUGCCCAGCGGAAGGCUCUUCCACGCGGCGGCCGUGAUCUCGGACGCCAUGUACAUCUUCGGGGGCACUGUGGACAACAACAUCCGCAGCGGGGAGAUGUACAGGUUCCAGUUCUCCUGUUACCCCAAGUGCACGUUGCACGAGGACUACGGGCGACUGUGGGAGAGCCGCCAGUUCUGCGACGUGGAGUUCGUGCUGGGUGAGAAGGAGGAGUGCGUGCAGGGCCAUGUGGCCAUUGUCACGGCGCGGAGCCGCUGGCUCCGCAGGAAGAUUGUGCAGGCGCGGGAGCGACUGGCCCAGAAGCUGGAAGAGGAGGCAGCCCCAGCUCCCAGGGAGGCCCCUGGUACAGCUGUGGGUGGGGUCCGGCUGCCCCUGCUGCACGUGGCUAUCCGCGAGGCCGAGGCCCGGCCCUUUGAGGUCCUCAUGCAGUUCCUCUACACCGACAAGAUCAAAUACCCUCGGAAAGGCCACGUGGAGGACGUGCUGCUCAUCAUGGACGUGUACAAGUUGGCACUGAGCUUCCAGCUGUGCCGCCUGGAGCAGCUGUGCCGGCAGUACAUCGAGGCCUCCGUAGACCUGCAGAACGUACUGGUUGUGUGCGAGAGCGCCGCCAGGCUGCAGCUGGGCCAGCUCAAGGAGCACUGCCUGAACUUCGUGGUGAAGGAGUCCCACUUCAACCAGGUGAUCAUGAUGAAGGAGUUCGAGCGCCUUUCGUCCCCACUGAUUGUGGAGAUCGUGCGUCGGAAGCAGCAGCCACCCCCCCGCGCACCCUCAGACCAGCCUGUGGACAUUGGAACGUCUCUGAUCCAGGACAUGAAGGCGUACCUGGAGGGGGCAGGCGCGGAGUUCUGUGACAUCACGCUGCUGCUGGACGGGCACCCACGGCCAGCCCACAAAGCCAUCCUGGCCGCCCGCUCCAGCUACUUUGAGGCCAUGUUCCGGUCCUUCAUGCCCGAGGACGGACAGGUGAACAUCUCCAUCGGGGAGAUGGUGCCUAGCAGGCAGGCCUUCGAGUCCAUGCUGCGUUACAUCUACUAUGGCGAGGUCAACAUGCCGCCCGAGGACUCGCUCUACCUGUUCGCGGCCCCCUACUACUACGGCUUCUACAACAACCGGCUGCAGGCGUACUGCAAGCAGAACCUGGAGAUGAACGUGACGGUGCAGAACGUGCUGCAGAUCCUGGAGGCGGCUGACAAGACACAGGCGCUGGACAUGAAGCGGCACUGCCUGCACAUCAUCGUGCACCAGUUCACCAAGGUCUCUAAGCUGCCCACACUGCGCUCCCUGAGCCAGCAGCUGCUGCUGGACAUCAUCGACUCCCUGGCCUCCCACAUCUCCGACAAGCAGUGCGCUGAGCUGGGCGCCGACAUAUGAGGGCCCACGCGGUGCCAGCCCAUGCGCGGAAGAUGACCAUACCUGCCCAUUGCAGACUGCACUAGCCACACUCAGGCCUGCUGGCUGAGGGGCAGGGGGCCCAGAGCCUCCGAAGAGAGCUGUGGGGAUGUGGGGGGCUCUGAACGCCCCAUUUCACUGCUGAGGACACAGGUCCCACAGGGAAGCAGGCACCCUAGCCAACACUCUCUGCUGGGUGGAUGUGUGGGUGGGAAGCCAGGACUCCGGGAUGAGGACAUGGCUGGAGGAGGCAGGGGUCCUGGCCAGGGCCCAGCAGUGGGGAGAGUUGAGCCCACCAGGGAGCUGGUUUUGGGUCCCCCACCCGCCAGGAGCCUGGCAUGCCUUAUGGAUCUGGCCACUGGGUCCUUGCCAAGGCCCCUCUGACAUGGGGGCUGCACAGCACCCUUCACCCUCACCCAGGUUGAUGUAAGGGGCUCCUUCUGCCACCUGGAGCUUGUGCUUGGGCAACAGUGAUGGGCAGAUGAAGUCUGACUCAAGGUGAAUUUUGGGGUGUGAAGGGCCCUGAGGUCAGCUCCUAGCCCGUGGGGUCAGCCACUCUGGACUGGGCCUGGCUUCCAGAAGGGCUGCAGGAUCCCACUGCCCUGUGUGCUCAUCGGGGCCCAGUGUGGGCCAGGGAGAAGUCAGUGGAGCUGCCCCCCAAGUCCCCAUCUGUCCCCACGUAUUUAUUCUGUCAUAGAUGCGCCUCCAUUAAAGCCACAGCAUUGCUACCUA